UGUGACGUAACACCUCUGCCAGCUUGAGCCUCGCAGAAGCGGCGGCGCGGGGGACCACGGACGGCGUCCGACGCCCGGCACCGAGCGCUCGCGCGUUUUCCUCUAAUGUUUGCUUGCUUCAAGCCAAAGUCGAAGGAGGAGCGGAUGCGCCUCUGCGUCUUCAGGAUUCAGUUUUAGGACGAUGCCCCGGCUGUGUUUAGCAUGAUCGCAGCGUCGGGUCUGUCGGGGGACACCCUGGUAGCGUGCCGCUUCCCCGUGGUGCAGCUUCCCACGUGGCAGCUCCCCGUCCAGGCCCUGUGCAGCGCCGCCAAGAGGCCCGGCCGCCUGUGCCCGGCGGGCCUGACCCGCGCCGUGUCCCUCCCGGAGCGGGACUCGCUCAGCCGGGAGCACGCCUUCGCCGGCGGCAGGCGGCCCGUGUGGAGCAGCUACAGCAGCCUCAACGAGGAGCGGGCGGAGGAGGAGGGCGCCAGCGACAGCAGCGGCCGCUACGACUCCACCUCGUCCCCGGAGGAGGCGGCGUCUCGCCCGAGGCGUGAGGCCGGGGAGAGCUCUGAAGCCCGGGGCGCUCUGAGACUACACAACUCAUUCCUUCCCAACGUGGAGCUGGAUGAAGACGAGGAAGAUGAAGAUGGCGAUGGAGAUAACCUGCACAGGUACUACGAGGACUCGUCGUUUGUAUUGCACGGGAAUUCCAACUGGCCGCUGUGCGGGGACGUGGACGGCGGAUGGGGCCCUGAAGGCAUCGCGUGGGGCGGCGAGAGGGAGCGGCGCUGGCUCGGCGAGCAGCCCGACCCGCCGGACCCACCGCAGCGCUGCCGUGGAGACCAGGCCUCAGACGCCCUCAAGGACACACGCGGGUGCUCCCCGGAGCUGCUCAACGGUCACGCCGACUACGUCAGCGACUCCUCCUGCAACAGCUCGGACGGCGUCCUGGUCAACUUCUGCGCCAUGUACAACCGGAGCAACAACCCGGCCACGCCCCUCGACCUCAGCGGCCCAGCCCUUCACCCCGGCUCGCCCGAAGGGUCCGUGUUCCUCAACCUGCGCCCGGUGCCCCGAUCCCCGGUCGCGGACCAGGCCCCCCGCUGGUCCCCGCGGGGCCUGGACUCCAACUGCAACCUCUGCUCCCUGGAGCCGCCGAGCCCCGGACUCUCCUCCCUGGAGGCGUCCGACCUGAACGCCUGCCUCCGAGGCCCGGCCUCGCUGGCGAUGGGCACCAACCAGAAGUACUACAAGCUGGUGACCUGCGACCUGUCCUCCCAGUCCCCCAGCCCGGCCUGGUCCAGCCUCAGCAGCGGCGCCGAAGGUCCGAGCAGAUGCAACGAGCAUCGCAAGUCGUUGGGACGACACAAGGAGUCCAAUCAGGACAGGGCGGAUCAACAGGAGGACCAGACGCUCUCGAACUGCUCCUCCUUUCAGCUGAUUGAUCACCAGGUUCCCGGCUGCAGGAAGGAACCCUCAGACCACAUGCGGGAGCUCCAGUGUAGCCCACAGAACCCAGGAGCAUCCGCAUCCACAGCGACUGUGAACCUGCGUGAGGGCGAGGAGACGAGGAACGGUGCCGUCGUCCGUCACCCUCCCUAAGGCGCCUGUUCCUCGGGGGACGAGUCCAUGCGCCGCAGCAGGGCCCAGAGACCCACCUCCCUGCCCAUCCAGCCCUUCGUUCUGGUUCCGGCCGGCGAGCCCCGGGCCCAGCGGCUGGGCGGUCUGCUGGAGCAGUACAUGAGCCAGAAGAGCGGCUCCGAGUCGGGCCUGAAGUUCAGGGACAAAAGCAGCCGCCGCGCGUCCGACCCGCAGCCGUCGCCGGGCGGCGCCCGCUGCCCCGUCCUCCUGGAGGCUCCUUCCAGCUCCGACUCCUGCUCCACCUGCACCCCCAGUCCCUCGGAGUACCUCGUCGGCACGUGGACCCAAUCAGUCCGGGGCCAAGGGCACACGACCCAGUGGACGUCCAGAACCAGCCCGUUCUCAGGGAAAAGGGACCGUUUUUUACACGUCCCCUCCGACCUUUCUAAAACCCCCACCUACCAGGACCUUCUGGUGGAGCGGAGCCACAGCAUCACUACUCAGCCCCAGACCUACACUUAUGACCCCGUGUUCUCCCAUACGCCGCCCACUUUGCCCCUCACCGCUGAAGCCCAUUACCCGAACCUGCAGGUCUGCUUUCCUCCUACGUCCUCACAGCCCGAGGCCAGGUUCACCGACUGCGGCUUUUCCCACAGUCCAUUCACAGCCGCGCUCUCCUCGGCGCCCCCCCUCUCCUCCUUGAGCUCCCUGCUCUCCUCGGCAGCUCCCGGGCCGCAUCCGCCGCGCACCCAGGACUCCGCCGAGCCCCGCGGGGGGCGGAGUCAACGCGGCCAGCGCCUGAUGCCCAGCGACGGGCCGCCCGCCGACUUCUGCCUGUCGCCCGACGCAUCCUAUGAGUCCAUGUCUAUCAGCCACCUCCAGAGAAGAGGUUUGCUCCGGUCUGUGAGCAGAGCUGUGGAUUUGGUCAUGGCACAUUUUGGCAGCAGUAGAGACCCCGAGGAGAAGAUGCGUCUGGGCAACAGCUCCUGGAGCCCCACCAUCGCGGGUUUGGUGUUGGAACAUCUGUGCCCAGCCAUCCAGAAUAUUUUAGAGGACGGGCUGAGGGAUCACAAGCUGGACCUGAUCAUCGGGCAGCGCCGUAACCACUCCUGGAGCGUGGUGGAGGUCUCUACCAGGAUCGGUCCGUCCACCCGGGUUCUUCACAGCCUGGUGUCCAAAGUGAGACAGUGCCCCCAGCUCACCACCCACUGCAUGAGGCUGAGAGCCUUCGUCAUGGGGCUGCUCAACUUGAGAGCUUUAGAAUUCUGGCUCAGCCACCUUCAGGGUCAGGAGGAUGUGGUGAGCGCCUACUACCACUCGUGGGGCUUCCUGUCCAUGUCCCUGGGUCGGUGCCGGCCCAUGUUUCAGGAGCUGCUCCUGCUGCUGCAGCCGCUCUCCGUGUUGCCCUUUGACCUCAACCUGCUGCUGGAGCCCCGACUGCUGCGCGGCCGCCGGCUUCGUCCCGAGGCGCUCGGCGUCUCCCCACCGCCGCCGCCGCCGCCGCCGCCGUGCUCCGCCCUGCUGGCCACCAGCUGGCCGCUGCUGCAGGCCGACAGCCAGAGGGGUCCGCGGGGGGCGGGUUUGCAGCAGAUGGGCCUGCAGUGCUGGGAAACCCUCAGUCCUCUGAAUUCAAAUUGCAUCAAACAGCGCCGCGGGGGCGCGCGGGCCCACAGGAGCCCGUGUCCGUCCACUGUCCCAGAGUGGCGGCCAGCGCAGGAUCCCUUCGUAGAAGGGGCGGAGAACUGUAAUCAAGUGUAUGCAGGUGAUUGGUCUCAAAUAAGCAUGGAGAGCCGAUGGGAGGAGAGGGGGGGCUUCGAGGCGUCUCCGGUCCAGGCAGCGAGCCCGCAUCAGGGCGCACUGCGCUGGGCCAAGCUGUUCGGGGCCACCGACGGCUCCACCCGAGCAGAGGCAGCUUCUCAGAACCACGCCAGGGCCCAAACCAGGAGGCGCCCGUCACAGUGGCUUCAUCUGGACCGAUCGCAGCUCGGACAGCUGGCUCAGUCCAUCAGGACCAUGAAGCUAGCAGCGCAGAUGGACAAACGCAAGCACUACUAAAAUGACGCCCCACGGUGGGAGGACUGGUACUGGUUUUAAAAAGGCAUCAAAGUACAGAGAGGCUAAAGAACUGGUCAGAGGUGAUUUGAAGUCCUGUAGCAAAAAGGCCUCAAGUCUCCGUUUUCACAGUCGUUUCCGCUAAUCUCAUCUCUGAGUCAUACUGAAAAUACCUGCUCAUGGUGAUCGUGUCCAUCCAUCCAAACAAGGCAGUUGUUCUCGACACAUUCAUGAGGUUCACUUUAAAUCUGUACUGAACAGCAUUUUGCCAAAGUGCCACGUCGCAUACAGGAAGUAGCUCCUGGUCUCUAAACAGAGACUUUGGCUUUUAUUUCCAUUGUUUUCAUUUUAACGUGAACUUGAAUGAAUGUGAUCACGCGACACCGACCAGCUUCCACAUCUGAUCCUGAUCCUAAAUAUCAACGAGGUCAACGCUCAGCUCUGCAGUGAGACUGUGAAAUAACCAUAAGUUGGUGCUCCUACUUCCUGUUACUCUCCUUGCAUUCUCUUCAUUCUCUGUUGUAAAUGGUCGGACGUGCGUGUGCUGCCAAAUGAUCCGUGAAUCAUAAAUAACUGGCGGUUUUUCCGUAGCACUGCUUUUCAUCUCAGUAAUAGUUGAAAAAAGGUCAAACAGUGACGUCUUAGUGUCACAUUUGUCUCACUAGCCUGUAGUGCAGUGUUUUUAUUUUCAGUAAUCCCCAGCAUGGACGAACUGUAGGUGCAUGAGUCUACAAACUCUAGUCUCCACUACAUCUUGUUGCUUGCUUUAAUAGUUGUGAAGUUGGGUUUUAACGACCUUUUAACACUGGAAGUUAAAGAUUGUGGCUCUAAUUUGUGAGUUUUAUUCAUGUGGAGCAGCUCGCAUUAAUCAGCACCGAUGAACUGAACAUCAGAACAAAAUACACAGCUAUUAGAUCACCAGCUAAUCUGCAUCUAUACAUGACAGAUUAUAACAUAAGGCCUUUUGUAAAACAGUAAUCGAAAAACUGCUGAAGCGUUUUGUUCUUGCAGUUUAUUUGUAAGAAUCUAAAUUUGUCUCUGCUGUAGGGUUCUCACUAGUGCAUCACGUCUUCCAGUGAAGCUGCACAAACGUGUAGACGCCUUGUGGCUGUUUCAGGUAUUUCAACGUGUCUGGUAUAUUUUGAUAGCGUGGUAGUUUGAUAGGAAGGAAGCAUUUGUGUUUUUGUUUUUUUUUAAAUACUGCAAUAAUAUAAAAUGUAAAACGAUUCUUUCCUUUAUCAUUGUGUUGAUGUCGGAAUGCUUCCUCUGAUGCCCGGUGACAAUCAAGGUGUGUGAAUAAAAACACGUUUACCUGUC